CUACUUCUGACAGCCGCCACCCGGACAUUUUCUACGCUCUCCUUUUCCUUGCCUUUUUUCUUCGGCGCUGUCAAGCCAAACUUUUUUGGCCAGUCUCUCGUUAUGCGUUUCAACUCAAUUCUUUUACUUGCCUUUGGGCUCCCAGCGGCUAGAGCAGGCCCUUGCAAACCCAGUUCUGCUUCCCGAUCGAGCGACGCGGUCGUGACGACUUCAACUCUGGCGACAGUGUCUGUAGUCGCCUCCACAGAGACAGCCAGCACAACUGAAACAGAGACCACUCAGACUUCUACCACUGAUGUUUCAUUCGCGUUGACAUCGACUGAACCUGUCACUACGGCCUCCAUAACAUCACUCGACACAACAGAGACUACAAUGCUCGUACCUACAACAACCACCUCGGAAGAAGCCGCAGUCACAACUUUCAACAUCAUUGCCGAAGGCGGACCGGCAGAUGGUAUAGUGAUGGGACAGAAGGAAAACUAUUACAAUCUCCAAUUCUCUUCCAACUCAGCCUGGGAACCCGCCGCCCUCGUCCUCGAACAAGGCACAGGCUAUCUCCGCCGCGCCGAUCCAUACAACCCCAAUUUCCCACUCGUCUGCAUCCGCUGGGCCGCAGGUACAGUACCUAACCCAGGCUGGUUCGUUGAUUGCUCGGCGUCAAAUACAUACUUCGGCGCGCCUAUUACAUGCGACCUCAAAAGUGGCGGGGAGCUCUCUUGCUCAAUUCCCGCUGGCCACUGUAGACACUACACCAUCCCUCCCAGAGACAACGAUGCUUGGGAUUGUCAAGCGGAUACUGGCGUUUUUCGGAACUUCUACACGGAGGAGAGUACGGAUGAUUAUGGUGUUACUUUCUAUGCGCCUUGGAUGGGCUUUGAAGGAUAUGAAGGGCAAGGCGAUUUUAAUCCUUUGGAGCCAGUGACGUUCAGAUGGAGGAGUGCGGAUUAGACAGCACGUUGUCGUAUAUGCCGCCGUCAGUAUGUAGUUUGCUUGCCUGAAUAGGCACUCCAUGCGAAUACGCGUAGAGCACGUGCGUCCUCGGAUUUUGAGAACAGCUUUUGGAGGGUCAGUGCUGAGAGAAUAACCCACGAUGAUAUCAUACGUGAGUGAUAUUAAGCUUCUUUGGCCUUGACUAUAUAGCAUUCGGGAUCACGGAGGCAGGCAAACCUCUAGAUUAGGGUUAAUGCAUUGUCCUUGAUCGUGCGGGGUCAGCAUGCAGUAAGGUUGCAUCGCUCCAACUGGUGGACUAUAUUGGGGGUAUAUGUGAAUCUCUUCUGAUCAUGCAAGAUCUGUGCCUUGAGGUUGUCCACCCGACGGCACAGGCCCGUUAAUCCACAAAUGACUAUCAUGGCGUGACAAGGCU